UCUUCCGAAGUCGAUUGAGGGUUACUAUCAAGAGACUGGACGAGCUGGACGAGAUGGCGAACCAUCGUACUGUCUAUUGCUGUAUGCCUACAAAGACGCUAUCCGUUUACGACAGUUGGUAGAAGGUGAGGACAAUGUGACAAAGACAGCGAAUGUGCAAUCUAUGCAUGUACGAAAUAUCUACCAAGUUGUGUCGUACUGCGAAAACAUUUCGAUCUGCAGAAGAAAGCUUCUCGUCGAACAUUUUGGAGA